CCCUUUGUGCUUCAUGUACAUGUGUCUAUUCAGCCCCUCCGGAGGCGCCCAGAAGAGACUCCAACACGGCCGCCGGGGAAAGACCACCCAACAUGCCCACGGAGACGCUGCAGACAGGUAGCAUGGUGAAGCCGGUCAGCCCGGCCGGCACCUUCACCUCGGCUGUGCCCCUGCGUAUCCUCAACAAAGGCCCUGACUACUUCCGCAGGCAGGCCGAGCCGAACCCCAAGAGGCUCAGUGCCGUGGAGCGGCUGGAGGCUGACAAGGCGAAGUAUGUCAAGAGUCAGGAGGUGAUCAAUGCCAAGCAGGAGCCCGUGAAGCCCGCUGUGCUUGCUAAGCCCCCCGUGUGUCCAGCGGCCAAGCGCGCCCUGGGCAGCCCAACCCUGAGAGUGUUCGGCAGCAAUGCCAAGACAGAGAGUGGUGUGCAGAGGGAGAACCUAAAACUUGAGAUUCUGAAAAACAUCAUUAACAGCUCUGAAGGCUCCAGCUCAGGCUCGGGCCACAAGCAUGGUUCCCGAAACUGGCCACCCCAUAGGGCCGAUGCCACAGACCUGCACCGGCACUCCUUCGCUGAGUCACUGAAGGUCUACCCAACCCAUGGCCAUGGCAGCCCGCAGGAGAGCAGCUCCCACGUGAGCAGGAGGCUCCUGGAGCAGUCAGCAGAGUCCUUCCUACAUGUCUCCCACAGUUCCUCUGACAUCCGCAAAGUGACCAGCGUGAAGCCCUUGAAAGCAAUCCCCUGUAGUAGUUCGGCCCCUCCCCUGCCUCCCAAGCCCAAGAUUGCUGCCCUCGCCACCACUAAGUCUCCUGAAGCAGACACUGUGGAACCGGCCUGUGGGGUCAGCCGGAGACCUUCCCUCCAGCGGUCCAAGUCAGACUUGAGUGACAGGUACUUCCGCGUGGACGCCGAUGUGGAAAGGUUCUUCAACUACUGCGGCCUAGACCCCGAGGAGCUGGAAAACCUAGGCAUGGAAAACUUUGCAAGGGCUAACUCUGACAUCAUCUCCCUCAACUUCCGCAGCGCAAGCAUGAUCAGCUCAGACUGUGAACAGUCUCAGGACAGCAACAGUGACCUUAGAAAUGACGACAGUGCCAAUGACCGAGUGCCGUACGGCAUUUCUGCCAUCGAGAGAAAUGCCCGAAUCAUCAAGUGGUUGUAUAGCAUCAAACAAGCACGAGAGUCGCAGAAAGUCUCCCAUGUGUGA